AUGGCGGACAAGGAGGCCACUGUCUAUAUCAUCGACGUUGCCCAAUCGAUGGGCGAGAAGCAUAAUGGUCGAGAAGAAAGCGAUUUGGAAUGGUCCCUGCAGUGGGUUUAUGACCGGAUUACCGGAGUCGUCUUUACGGGGCGCAAGACGUUGCAAGUUGGCGUACUCGGGCUCGGGACAGACGAGACGGACAAUUCAAUGAUGGACCAGGAUGACAGCUACAAGCACAUCAGCGUGCUCCAACCCAUAACACAACUCCUGCUUCCCGACCUACAGAAUCUACCUAAGGUGUUGAAGCCCAGCCACACGGACGAGCGAGACAUUGUUUCCGCAAUCAUUCUUGGAGUAGACAUGAUCAGUCGACACUGUAAGCACUUGAAGUACAAGAAGAGGAUUUUUGUUGUCACAAAUGCUACGGGGAGCCACAUCGACGAGGAUGACCUUGAUCAGGUUGCCCAGCAGUUCAAAGACAAUAACAUCGACUUGACUUUAUUGGGCGUUGACUUCGACGACCCUGAGUACGGCUUCAAGGAAGAGGACAAGCCGAAAGAGAAGGCAAAGAACGAAAGGAUCUUGAAACAGCUAGUCGAGCUCAGCGGUGGACAGUUUGGCACAAUGCAGGAGGCUAUCGACGACCUUUCGAGACCUGCCGUUAAGUCGGUCCGCCCAACACCGACAUACAAAGGUUCAUUGAGGCUCGGCGACCCGACACAGUACGAUACAGCUUUGUUCAUUGACGUGGAGAGGUACAUGAAAGUGUCUGUCCGAAGGGCACCCACCGCGAGUGCCUACAUCAGCAGAGCGAGUGGCAUUGCUGAAGACGGCGAGGGCGACGGUCUGUCUAGCGUUCACAACCUCUACAAAUACAGAGUCAACGGUGACGAGUACGAGGGUGGUACGAAGGUACUGGAACGUGAUGAACUGGCCAAAGGCUAUGAAUAUGGACGAACAGCCGUGUCAAUUGCCGAAUCAGAACAGAAUAUCACAAAAUACGAGACGGAAGCUGCCUACGACAUAAUGGGAUUCAUUCCUGCGGACAAUAUGGAGCGGUACAUGCUUAUGGAUAAUGCAAACAUCAUUGUGGCACAGAAAGGCAAUGAUAGAGCCGCUAUGGCUUUGUCCUCACUCAUCCACUCGCUUUUCGAACUCGGCUCGGUCGCAAUUGGCCGCCUGGUAAAGAAAGAUGCAGCUGAGCCAGUUCUUACCGUGCUCUCACCACUAGUGGAAGGCGAUUUUGAAGGCCUGGUUGAGAAUGUCUUGCCAUUUGCGGAGGACGUUCGGUCGUACAGGUUUCCACCACUUGACAAGAUCCUGACUGUGUCGGGAAAAGCACUCACAGAACAUCGCAAUCUACCCUCGAAAAAGCUGCUUGACACCAUGAGCGAUUUCGUGGACAAUAUGAUGCUUGUGGACGAUGAGGGCGGCGAAGAAAUGAUGGCCAUCGAUGACACAUUCUCACCUCUCCUUCAUACCAUCGAGGAUGCUAUCAAAGACCGUGCAAUCAAUGCCAACGACCCGAAGAAGAGCAAGGAGUUACCAAAGAGAAAAGAAGUGUAUGAACUCAUGCAGAGGCCGCCCGCUGCUGUUGUGGAACGAGCGAACGCAGUGCUGCAGAAUCUGAAAGACGCAGCAGAUGUCAAGAAGGUGGAUAAGCGGAAGAAGGGAAGAAUAAGAACUCGCGAUCGUGAGGCCGACAAGCCACUUUCUGGACUCGACGUGGAAAAGUUGCUGCGCAAAGAGCGACCGGUCGAGCAGGGGAAGACACACAUCAACCCAAAUAACGCAGUUCCCGAGUUCAAAGAUGUUUUCAAAACCACAGCUGACAUGGCCAUCAUUAAAGAAGCGGUCAAGCAGAUGCAGCAGAUCAUAGAGGAUCUCGUGAGGAAGGACUAUGGACACAAGAACUACGACAAGGUUUUGGAAAGCUUGGGCACGAUCCGAAACGAGACGAUCGGGAUGGAAGUGCCAAACUACUACAACGAGGCCUUGCGCGAGUUCAAGGAGAAGCUAUUCCAGGGACAGCUUGGCGAGAAUAGAGGGGAGUUGUGGUACAAGAUAAGGACGGGAAACAUCGGGUUCAUCGGCAAGGAUGAAGAAGAGCUGUCGGAUAUGACCAGAAGCGAGGCAGAUGAUUUGAUGAAGGUGAAGUCUUCCGGACGGCAGCAGUGA